UAAUAUAAAAAUUUUUUUGGGAUUCAAGAAGUGCUUUACGCAGUAUUGAUAUACUAUAUAUGUGCAACUCUCUUGUCACAUGUGUGAUUUUGGCACGCACGGCGCUUGUAUCGGAAUACGAGUUUGCUGUUUCGAUAUUUUGUUUCAGAACAUUGCAACUUUUUUAAUGUCUCAAUUUAUAUUUAUGUUGACGAAAAUGCAAAGAGUUUCGUGAGGAAUCGCAUGCGUGGUGCAUUUGUGAAAAUCGUACAGCAUAGUAUCCGAAAAUGCAGAAACAGCAACAUGAAGCGAACACGUGUGAGGGCGAAUUUUAUAUGGCAGCUGCGAAAUAUUGGGACCGCAUUCCUCCCACAGUCGACGGGAUGUUAGGAGGAUUUGGAUUUAUCUCGCAGACUGACAUAAAAGGCUCCACGGUUUUUCUAAAAUCUCUUUUCGAGUUAAAAAAUCCACCUUCCAAAGCGUAUGCCCUAGAUUGUGGUGCUGGUAUUGGUAGAAUCACUAAGAAUUUAUUAAUAAAACAUUUUAAACAUAUAGAUCUAGUCGAGCAAAAUCCUAAGUUUUUAGAGGUAGCAAAAAUCUCUUUGGAAAACUAUUCAUCGAGAAUCGAUCAGUAUUAUCCUAUUGGCUUGCAAGACUUCUGCCCUGUAGCAAAUAAAUAUGAUCUUAUAUGGUGUCAAUGGGUAUUAGGACAUUUACGGGAUGAUGAUUUAAUAGAGUUUUUCAGGAAAUGCUCAUUGGGUUUAAAAAAUAAUGGUGUACUUGUGGUGAAAGAAAAUAUUACAAGUUCCAAUAAUUUGGAAAUUGACACAGAGGACUCCUCUGUAACCAGACCAAUGAAAUGCUUGCAAUUUUUGUUUGAUAAAGCUGAUCUUAUUUGUGUUAAGGAACAACAACAAACUAAAUUUCCACGUGGUUUAUAUCCAGUUUAUAUGUUUGCUCUUAGACCAAGAAAUCAUAAUGAAUUAGUUAACGAUACAUAGUAUACAAAUCAAAUAUAUUGUUA